AUGCGCACAAUCGCCCACUCAGUCGUCACCUUCCUGCUCUCUUUCUCCCUCCCCUCCCCUCCCCUCUCCACAAGCCCGUCGCUCGACCUCUCCUCGCUCGGCUUGUCCUCAGUCAACAUCGACUCGUCGAUUCAGGCAGUCAGCGUCCACAUUCUCGCGGGCACACCGCCGGACCCGCCCAACGGCAACUUCGACGAUGAAAAGUGCAGCCCCGCGCAGGUGACUGCGAUCCGCAACGGCAUCGCCGACGCGCGCAACAUGGCGGCCGGUGCAAUCGAGCUGCUGAAACCGAAGGACAUGAAGAAGAGCAACGGCUUCUUCUGGAUAUUCGGUGGGUCCACGGUCGACCCCGCGGUCAUCGCCAAGCACUUCUCAUUUGUGCUGAGGCUCGGCACGGCUAACGAGAUCAUGUCGACCGAAGAUUACAAAAACAGUAAGACGGACCUCAUCUUCACGUGCAUUCCCCCGACAGCGCCGAAGGCUACCUCUGUGUAUGCGAACACGCAGAACAUCGGCCGACAGAAGUCGGUGCUCAAUCUCAUCCGACUGUCGCCCCUGGGACUUGCGAACACGGAAUCGUACACCGUCGCUGCAGCGCGCGUGAAGGCGUUGGGCAAGAUCGAGGCCGGCUUCCCCAACAAACAAGUCGGCACGGUUAGCGGCCCUGUCCCGCCCAUCGCGUUCACAAUCGUACAUGAGGUGCAACACGCUCAUCCGCUGAUGGAUGACCCCGGAAGGGAUUUCCUGGUGGAUGAGAAGGUCCUCGACGCCCAAGGUGUCCUCCGGCGCGCAUAUGGCUUCCAGCAGAUCAUGCAGCUAGACCUUCCAAAGAAGCAGAGGAACCCGCAGAACUUCGCGUUUUUUGCGAUGCUCGCAGCCUCCAACCCCGAGAUCUUUGCGCCGAACUGCUUCAUCGGCCCGGCACCGCUCGGCCCGGCGCCGCUGAUCGCCGGCCGUGCUUGGGUGCAGAAGCCGCUCGGGCCGGACACGUGUCGCGCUACGGUCCCUGGCGCUUGUGCGGCGUGUAAGAAGAUCAUUAAGGGCAUUCCUGGAGACGUCAAGCUGCCCAACUUCGAGCCCGACUCAAUGUAA